AUGCAUCAAGACACUCCUCAUGCACAUGGAGACAGACCAAAUGGUCGGAUGCACAAGCGAUCGCGGUCUGGUUGCUUCACAUGCCGCCUACGUCGGAAGAAGUGCGAUGAGAACCAUCCUGCCUGUACCGCCUGUGUCAGUCUUAAUGUGCGAUGCGAAUACAAACGCCCGAUUUGGUGGGGAAAUCCUGAGCAACGGAAAGCCCAGAAAGAGCGCAUCAAGAACAGGAUCAAGGAAACCAAGAUGCUCGAGCGAAACGGUAACCACUCUCGUAUGCGUUUAUGCCAUUCGGAUUUUUGGUACAUUUUAACUAAUGUCUGGGACACUCUAGACCGCCAUCGCCGUAUCUCUACGACAUCGCCAACUUCACCUGUGCACGAACAUGGUCGUGCUAGGUAUAACGAGCCCUACGAUCUUUUCUCGUCCCAACUGCCUACUCCUGGGUUAGGAAGCGCUCCUCGCGGACCUUACGCGCCUUCCUAUGAGGUCGAUGUGCGAACCGAGCGACAGACAUUUGUCAACGAUGUACCUAUGCGUCAUGAUUCUUCGACAUCAACAUUCAGCGCAUUUGCACCUCCUCAACUUAGUGCUCCGAUGCCAACUUUCGCUGGCGAUGAAUGGUUUGGAGAUGAAUAUUUUGCACAAGCCUCAACAUUUAAUGGUGCCAAUCCGGGAGCCAUUAACCCUAGCUACAAUCACACACAUGCAUUGCCCCAAAGCAACAUUGCUGUCAGCGACCAUGACCGUCCACUCCUCGAUCACUUUAUCCACAAUGUGCUGCGCCAGAUCUUCCCCGUCCUGGAAGCUCACCAAAAAGGCCACUUGCGUGCACAAUCAAUUCUCCGCGCUCUGGAAACAAAUAGAUGUUAUCUUCACUGUUGUCUGAGUGUCGCUGCCAUCCACCUCAAGACUACCGAAGGAUUGUUUGGUGAGCAAAUUGACCAUGAUAUCAUGCGGCACCGUUAUGAGGCCAUUUCUCAGCUGUGCCAGGCUUUGGGAGAUGAUGUUAAUCACGAUGAGAUCCUGGAUGCGACUCUUGCGAUGAUCUUCUUUCACUGCGCUGUUGGCCCUUCAGAUGACUACCUUCCCGACAUUCCGUGGUUUGAUCAUUUCCAGGCCGCAUCAAAUCUUGUAACCCGACUCGAACUUCCGACUGCAGUAAUCCAGGACGCCAACGGAUACCCGGCUCCCCCAUUCAGCAUGAGCUUGGCUUCUUGGAUUGACAUUCUCGGCUCGACAAUGGCGGGCAAGACUCCCGAAUUUGCUCAUCAGUACCGAUCAAAGCACUUGGGCGGAACCUCCUCUGGCUUACGCGAGUUGAUGGGAUGCGAUGACAGGAUCAUGUAUCUCAUCUCUGAGAUUGCUUGCCUGGACUCUCUAAAGAGUGAGGGUCGCGUUGAUGAUUCGACUGUCCGCACUCAUGUUAAGGCCCUGGGGGAACAACUCGAGUACACAACACCGGCCGAUAACACGCUGGAGAGCCCAUUCUCACCAGCAACUGGAGCCAUUCGCCCUGAUGCCCUUACCAAGACCAUGUCGCACAUCUUCCGGAUCGCAGCUCAAAUCUAUCUUUCCAGCAUCGUACCCGGCUUUGAUCGCAACCAAGCAAACCUCGAUGGCUUGAUCGCCGCAGUAACAGACGCGCUCCAAUUCAUUCCUGCUGGUCCCCAUGGCUACGACCGCUCUCUUGUCUGGCCCCUGCUCAUGACUGGCGUGUUUGCCGGACCAUCGAGUUCAUUCCGAUCCGUGGUCGCCGAUCGCGCUGCUGCACUGGGUGACCAUGGCGACCUCGGUAGCUUCGGACGCAUGUACCGCCUCCUGCAAGAGGUGUGGCGCCUGACAGACGACCCCUUCAGCUCUCAAGUCCCCUCUGGAGACAACUCCUACAAUUCCUCGCUUACCAGUCCAAUUUCCAGACUGGACCCCUCCAACUCCCCCUCUGGCGCUGGCGCCACUAUGGGUGGACGGGAGAUCAAGAAGCAACAACUCCACUGGAGAGACAUCAUGAAGCGGAAUAACUGGCACUACCUCCUUAUUUGA